AUGGUGAAAUCGUGGUUGGCGGUCGCCUUCUUGUCCCUGCCUGGUGUGGCCACCGCGCUCACUGCUGCGAAUACCAACUCUUUUGACGCCCAAGCUCAAGCCAUUGUCGACGGGUUCUCUGCAGCCGAAAUCUUGGGCCAGAUGACACAGCUUGAUCUUAGCACCGUCAUGAACAACGUCACCCGGGAGCUGAACGAGACCGCCGUGCGCAUAUUUGCCAAGAUGCACGUAGGCUCGUACCUCAACACGAACUGGGGGGACCAGCCCAUCAAUGGUAGCUACGGCUUCAACGCGACGGGAUUCCGCUCGAUGAUUACGCGCAUCCAGGAGAUCACCAUGGAGGAGAACGGAGGCCACCCCAUGAUCUACGGCAUCGACUCCAUCCACGGCGCCAGCUACGUCGCGGGUGCCAUGCUUUUCCCCCACGAAAUCAACAGCGGUGCGAGUUUCAACCCGGACCUGGUUCAUGAGGUUGGCCAGAUAACUGCUCGUGAUACGGAAGCGGCCGGCAUCCCGUGGAUUUUUGGGCCCAUUCUCGACAUUUCCCAAAACACGCUUUGGGCCCGCACGUACGAGACGUUUGGCGAGGACCCGUACCUCGCUUCGGUCAUGGGUGCGGCUUACGUCCGCGGCCUGCAGAGCUACAACCAGACAGCUGCGUGUGUCAAGCACUUCAUCGGUUAUUCCAAGACCCCCACGGGCCAUGACCGUGACAACGUCCUGAUGAGUGACUUCGAUCUGUUGAACUACUUCAUGCCGCCGUUCAUGGCUGCGUUUGAGGCUGGUGCUCACUCUGUGAUGGAGAACUACAUCUCUCUCAACGGCAACCCGGUCGUGGAGAGCUCCAAGAUCCUGAAUGACCUCCUUCGCACGGACAUGGGCUACGAAGGAGUGCUGCUGACGGACUGGAACGAGAUCUACAACCUCCACGACUUCCACCGCGUUGCUAGCACGCGCGAGGAGGCUGUGUCCAGCUCUCUGCAGCACACGUCGAUUGACGUGAGCAUGGUGCCCUCCGACACGGAUUUCAUCAACUACACCCGUUCCAUGCUGGACAAGCACCCGGAGCAGGAAGCUCGUCUGCGUGAAUCGGUGAAGCGUGUGAUCAAGAUGAAACUGCAGCUCGGACUCUACGACAACCCGGUGCCGGGUGAGAAGUACGUGUCCAUGGUGGGCAAUGAUAAGGACAAGCAGGCCGCGCUCAACAUGGCGCGUGAGUCGAUUGUGCUGCUCAAGAAUGAUAAAGACGUGCUGCCGCUGCCCAAGAGCGCUAAGGUUUUCCUCACGGGCCACUCGGCUGAUAAUGUCGGCUAUCAGUGCGGCGGCUGGACGCUGAUCUGGCAGGGCCACUCGGGCAACGCCAUGUUCCCGCACGGCGUGUCGGUCCGCAAGGGUCUGGAAGAGAUGGUCGGCAACGACUCGUUCACGUACUUUAACGGCCUCAUGCCCAACGGCAACAUCGCGGACGCGGACAUGGCCAAGGCCGUCGAGCUUGCAGGCCAGCACGAGUACACGGUUGCGGUCAUCGGUGAAUCCUCGUACACGGAGAAGCCCGGUGACAUCGACGACCCGGCCCUGCCCGAAGGCCAGGAGAAGUUCAUCAAGGCCCUGGCCGCCACGGGCACCAAGGUCAUCGUCGUGCUGUUUGGCGGUCGCCCGCGACUGCUUGGCUCCAUCCCUGACCACGCCGUCGCCAUCAUCAACGGCAUGUUGCCCUGCGAACUCGGCGGUCAGGCCAUGGCCGAGAUCCUCUACGGCGACGUCAACCCCAGCGGCAAGCUGCCGAUCACGUACCCGAAGGACCCGGCCAACAUCGCCAUCCCGUACAACCACCUCGUAACCACACGCUGCAUGUGGGACAACUGCUGGAUGCAAUGGGACUUCGGCGCCGGCCUGAGCUACACCAAGUUCAACUACUCGUCCGUCACGCUGGACAAGACGACCAUCGCGAACGCGGGCGACACGCUGACGGCCUCGGUGACCGUCACGAACGUGGGCAAGCGCGCCGGCAAGGAGACGGUGAUGCUGUUCCUGAUCCAGCCGUACCGCAAGAUCUCGGUGCCCGAGAUGAAGAUGCUCAAGAAGUUCAAGAAGAUCGAGCUGCAGGCGGGCGAGUCCAUGGACGUGUCGUUCUCGCUGUCGGCGGAGGACUGGGGCGUGUACCAGCCGCAGAUCGGCCAGGGCCUCAAGCGCAUCGUCGAGGACAGUAAGUACGUGGUGGCCAUCAAGCCGGACACGUGGUGCGAUGUGUACUGGGGGGGCGCUAAGAACCCGCUGUGCGCAGAGUUCACCAUCGACACGACUAGCGGUGCGGGCACUGUCAGUGCUGGCGUCCAGCUCUAG